UAUUUCAUCAAAUUUUGUUUACAGCUGUUGAAAUUUGGAAAAAAAUUGGUGGUGGAUUAACAGGUGCAAAUGUAUUAGUAGCACAAAUUAAAAAAUAUGAUGCAUUUGAGUCACCAUAUAAUUAUAUUUUUGUGGAAGGAGUUGAAACUCCACAAACCUGGUGGA